GUACGAUUUGAUACAAAAAACGAGGCUACACUUCAAAUUUAUCUUCAUUAGUCUGGAUUAUAAAAUUCCGCGGUAUUUACUGAGAAAAAAAUGGCAUAAAUAUUCUGGGGAUUAAGACACUAAUCCGAGAUUAGAUAGGUAGGAGCUUUACUCAGUGUUUCUUAUUAUAAAUAGCCGUAAUAAAACGAUCCGUCUCGCAAUCGACAAGCAAACAGAAGCCUUCGAUAAGAUACUACAUUCCUUUUGCCACGAUGAAUGCACAUCUGCUAAUUUCGCUAGUGAUGGUGAUAAUUGUUGCUGCAGCACCUACCAAGAAGGAGUCGGCGUUCGUUGCAAAGAUACUGCAAAAUGUGCCUAUGGACGACAGAAGGAGAUUUAUCAAGGAGCAACUAUUUGCAGGUUAUCUGAAGACUGAGUCGUUGGACUACAGACUGGAAGACGACGACACGAUACUGUUGUACAGGAUAUUCAUCAAGAAUUCUAAAGAAAUUCAUCCCCAAAUCGGUCCGCUUCAGACAGAGAUCUGCCUUCCCAACGGACAUUGUUUCGAUCCUUCUGAUAGUAGUAUUUAUCCUUAGAUUCCCAAAAAUGUGAUAUUACUUUAACCUCAUUUUGUUCUUUUUUAUAAUAUUGCUUGUUGUGGUGUGAUACUGUCAGUGUUUCAUAGAAAUAUAAAAUAAAACACUUUUA